AUGUCAGUUAUAAAUUCAAAGAGACACCACCAUCCAAUCUUUCCAAUGACAAUCAUCUUCCUCGCCAUCUUCACCACCGUCACCUCUGGGGGAAGUCCUGAUAUUGGUGAAAAGUUCUGCGUAAAGUGCGAGUCCGCCAAUGGUUCAAAUGGCGUCUGCGAGAGCGCCAAAUUCGACUACGAUAAGCUCAUUACCGACGAUGUUGACGUCACGAAUUUUUAUAGCUCUGUCUCCUGUUAUAGUGGCUUCUGUUACACUUCUUUCACUAAAGUUAAUGAUCAUCUGUUAUCAGUUAAUCGUGACUGCGUUACGGAUAGUAAAGCGCUAGAAAAUGACUGCCUGGACACGACAGUUGACGUCAACACCACAAAAACUGAGUGCUGGUGUGAUUCUACAUUUUGCAACAAAUGCUCUUUCCCGCGCAGCACAUCUCUGAUUUUAUUAGUGUCUUUGUUUUUCAUUUCGUUUCAUUUCAUUUUAUUUUCAUUUUAA